AGGGACGUCUUAUCUACUUGACUGGGGUGUCCCGCAGUUAUGAAAUGAAAAGUAUAAGGAAACUUGGCAGAGGACCAAAAGCUUCUUACUAGCAGGGGUAAGGGAUGCGCAUAUUUACUUUGGCUUUUAAGGCCCUCAGCUAAGUCUUAACAGAACAUACUACCCCCUAGAUCCUUAUCAGGCCUUUAUUAAUUAAGAUGGUUAAAAAGAAAAAAAGGCCACAGAAGUACUAUACUGGAACGGAUACAGUUGAAAAACUUUUGCUCAAGAUGUCGCCGGUAGCAACUACCACGGCAAGAGCAAUAGAUUUUUAUGGCCCGACUGUCCAAGAUUCUUUUUUGUUUUUGAGCAGAUGUUUUGAAUAUUUGCUUCCGUACCAUCCCGAAGGGUUGUUCUUCAUACUCUUUGCUUUAUUCUUGUUAUUUUUUGGGGGUCACUUUCCAGCUCUGCUUGCAACUUUCGAAACAUUUCGAAUGAUAGGAUUUCAAAAGGUACGAACGAAUUUGCUUACGUUUUCUGAAAACUACCACGCAGCCUGGCAAGCCAGUGCGCUGGACGACUUAGCUGAUGAGAACAACGACGGGAUUCUAGACGUAAAACAAAUUAGCCGGCAGGAGCUGACCACCCGCAAAUUGAGAAUUUUUUUUAAAGCGGUAGAUCCUCGGAAGCUGAGCGAGGCGCUGUUUUUCUUCUACUGCUCGUUUCUUGCGGUGAUCGCUACUCUCCGGGCACGCCUGGCUAUUACUGUAACGAUGGGCGCUUCUCUCGGAGAAUCCAUAGAGCGAUGUACUAAGCCAGCCCUCCAGCAGGCUCUUGAGAGUGUUCUUCCCCAGGAGUACCACAAAUGGAUUCCCGUUAUAGUGAAGUUUACCAGCCGCUGUACCGGCGUGGCCCUCGCAGCGCCGUUUUUCAGAAUCGGCCAUGCGCUGCAUAGCAGCCUCAAAGGAGGGCUCCUACUAGCAGACGCCUUGGUGGUCCACGCGAGGACGGCAGAGAGCGGGUCGGGCUCCCCUCCAGAAGACCAAUUCCUGCUAACUCUCUUUGGGUUAAUGGCAGCGCUGAUUGGUUUUCUGUGGCAGUACAGCACUGGUUUUCGGAUUCCUGUGUUUCUGCGAGUGCUUGUGUUUCCAUUAGAGAUUGCCGAGUACGUGUUGUACUCUUUUGCUGCUUAUGAUUUGCAACGAGCCAUGAAAAAAUAAA